GGUUUUUGAGUUUUCUCCCUUUUUUUUUUUUUUUAUCUUCCUUGGGACUGAGCGCGUAGUCCUAUGCUACCUUGACUGUCUUACGAGGUUAUUUUUAACCCGACACUCUUGAGGUAGAGCCUACCCAGAGUGCCCGGCUUUUUGGAGUAGAAACGAAUAGAUUUGCCGAAUGAGUUCGUCUGCAAGAGUUAUUUAUAGCGCUACCCUUCACAAACUGGAUUGAGUGUGUAAUAGUCAGGCACUCGCGCGAUCAACGGGGGUCCCCUUCACCCCCCAAGAGUGUUUGACCUGACGAAGGGCCCUUACAUUUUAAAUAAUAUUUUGUUAUAAUAUUUUUUAAAAAUAUGGGCUCCAGCGCAUUGAACGGUUGUGUCAUCAUGAGGACUAGAGAAUCGAGUGGCGUUAUGUUCUUGCUAUUUCUGGCCACUUUGUGCCUACUGGGAGCUACACUAGCAGUUGACCAAGAGGUGCAAGAUUUUGAUUUUGAGGACACAGCCAAUGAAGUGAAUCUCGUGAAGAGGUCAGCCGCGCUCUCUGACGAUGAGGAUUUAAUGCUUGGGGACCCAACGUCCACGCCGCUCAACUCCGAGGAUGGCAGUGGCACGUCCGAAAGUCCAGUGGAAAAAGUGACUGCCGUCACGCAGACAGCUACAAUCAAGGUCCCGGUAGCAGUAUUACCCGUGGUAGUAGAUUAUCCACGUUAUUAUAGAGUAACUAUUCACUACAGCAGUUUAAGAUAUUCUCCUGCACUUGAAGAGAGAAAUUCUAGAGAAUUUAGAGAACUUGCUAGAGAGCUACAGAGAGACUUAGAAAAUUUGUUUAGAAAUCUUUUAGGGCUUCACACUAUCACAAUCUUGCAGGUUAGCCGAGGUUUGUUAGUGACAUUUGACCUUGGAUCUGUAGGUGAAGCUACUGAAGAUGAAAUACGGGACACAUUGUUAGAUUCUGUAAGAAGGGGAAGAAUUGGAAACCAAACUGUUAGUGGCCAGGGAUUUACAUUUUCCAAAAUUUCUGUCCCUGCACAUCCUUGCACUACCAGAGAAUUUUUUUGCUCAGCAAACAAAGUUUGUAUCAAUAGAACUCUUGCAUGUGACAGAAGGAAGCACUGCCCUGAUGGAGCAGAUGAACAAAAUUGCUCUGAAGUCUCUUGUCCGUCCCAUGUUGGGCGUAAUCCAGACAACUUACCUAGAAGUGGCAACAACUGGGCCAAUCUUCUCGUUAAUAAUGUCUUCCCCUGUGAUGGUAACAUAGUUGGUUGGGAGUACUACAGACUCAAACCCCAAGGUUCUGCAUAUGUUGGCGUGUGGAGACAAGACUUAUUUGAUUCUCAUUUCAACUUAAUCUCAAAAACUGAACUGCCCUCAGCACCUGUUGGUAUAAGGGAAGUGUCCACUAAUCCUAUUUCAGUCAAAAAAGGAGAUUUUAUAGGCAUUUUUUACCCAAGGACCACUCCCAAUAACGUUAUAGCCCAAGCCCAGCUUGCUGAUGACAUACUGUCUUCCAACGAGCUGUAUCAAAACUUUCAUAUCGAGAUCUUUGAUGAUGAUAUAACUCAAAACAAUAACUUGAUCAACUUGGAGAACAUUGAUUACAACACCAUCAAUGCUACAUUCUCUCUAAGAGCUGUUAUGGACUAUGAGGUUGGGCCCACUAUUCCAGUAAUUGGAUUAACGUGUAAGCCAAAUGAAUUUAACUGUGGAGAUGACUGUAUCUCACAAGACCUCUAUUGCGAUGGACAAAUUGACUGUAACAAUGAAUCAGAUGAAAAAGACUGUGCUCCACAGCCCGCAACCUGCCCUCGUGGCCUCUUUCUCUGUGAUGAUGGCACCUGUCAACGUACUUGUGAUUGCUUGGAGGGAAGAUUCCGCUGUAAUGAUGGAACAUGUAUUGAGAGGGUACUGAAGUGUAAUGGUCAAGUCAAUUGCCCAGAUGGAUCUGAUGAGGGUGCUGUUUGUCAAGAAACUACAGAAAGACAGUGUUCUGAUGAAGAGUUUCAGUGCUACACAGGUACGCCGAUUUGCAUUCCAAGAGAUGAAGAGUGUAACGGUAUUCCAGAGUGUGAGGACAAAUCGGAUGAACUACCAGAUCGAUGUAUACUUCCAGCCUGUCCUCCUGAUUAUGUCCGCUGUCAGGAUGGUACAUGUCGUAAAGAAACCUGUGAUGAGACAGAGCCAAUGGCGUGCACUGAGGAACAGUUUAAGUGUAAUGGUGAGUGCUUCUCCCUGAAAAUGAAGUGUGAUGGAUUCAAGGAUUGUGAUGAUGGCUCAGAUGAAGAGAACUGUGGAGAGAUAUUUAUCACUGGACCAGAGGAAGCAAUUGUGGGCACGCAGGUGAAACUGACUUGUAACAUUACUGGCAGGCUGGAGAGAUCCAAUAACAUUUACUGGUAUAAAGACGAUACAAUCAAUAUCUCAUCAUACAGCGGGAACAUCCUCAACAGGAUCCAGAUCAGGCAUCAUGAUCGUAGGGAGUACCAUCUUUCUGAGCUUUACCUUCGACAAGCAGAGAUUUCUGAUUCUGGAAGUUACACAUGUGCGACUUCCCAGCAUGUUUCUCGUGGAUUUAAUCUGGCUGUAGUCCUCCAAGUAUUCACUUGUGAAGCCAAUCAGUUCAAGUGUAAGAGGGAGGAGCGAUGCAUUGAUGAGCGGCGGCGCUGCGACGGCCGGCAUGAUUGUCGUGACAAGAGUGAUGAAAUGGAAUGCUCAUGUCGGGUAGAUCAGUUCCGUUGCGCCUCUGGGGGCUGCAUUGACCAGGGUCGACGAUGUAAUGGUCAACUUGACUGCUCUGACAGAUCCGACGAAACUGGCUGCAAACGUUGCCAGGAGACAGACUUUACUUGUACUAGUGGACAGUGUAUACCAUUUGAACAAUUAUGUAAUGGUGAACGAGAUUGUGAGGAUGGCUCAGAUGAAUUAUGUGAGUUCAAAUGUGCAGAAAAUCAAUUUAUCUGUAAUGUCGAGAAAAAAUGUAUUAACCUUGAUUACACCUGCGAUGGCAAUGAUGACUGCUUGGACGGUUCUGAUGAGCAAUCAUGUCCUGGUUGCAAAAAGAACCAGUUUACAUGCUCUGAUGGAAGCUGUGUUAGAAAUACCUCAAGAUGCAACAGGAUUAGAGAGUGCAGAGACUAUUCCGAUGAAUUUAAAUGUGAGUGUGAUGAGGUACUGGAGUUCAGUUGUGCUAACGGUCAGUGUGUACCCGCCAGUGCCAGGUGCAACAAUAAUGGGGACUGUUAUGACAGAUCUGAUGAGGAGAACUGUGGCUGUGAUGCAGAAACUGAGCUGACAUGUGGAGAUGGCUCGUGUGUACCUCUAUCAGCACGCUGUGAUCGUAGAUAUGACUGCAGUGACAGAUCAGAUGAGUUAGAGUGUGGCUGUGACCCACAAACCGAGCUGACAUGUGGAGACGGCAAGUGUGUACCUCUAUCGGCACGCUGUGAUCGAAGAUAUGACUGCAGUGACAGAUCGGAUGAAUCAGAUUGUCGCUGUAAUGAAGCGACUGAGUUUACCUGUGAUAAUGGGCAGUGUGUACCCCUACGUGCCAGAUGUAACAGAAGAUUUGAAUGCAGUGACCAGUCUGAUGAAACUAAUUGUGACUGUGAUCCAUUAACACAGUUCAAAUGCGCUGAUGGGCAAUGUGUGGCCUCUAGUGCUAGAUGCAAUCGUAGAUUUGAAUGCAGUGACAGAUCUGAUGAAGAGAAUUGUGGCUGUAGCCGCACUGAAUUCACCUGUGAUGAUGGCUCCUGUGUGGAUAGAGUGUACAGGUGUGAUAGAGUCUCUAAUUGCCCAGAUAACUCUGAUGAGUUCAAUUGCACUUGCAAUCCCAGAGAAUUCAGAUGUGCCAAUGGACAGUGCAUACCCAGCAGUGCCAGAUGUGACAGAAAAACAGAUUGUGUUGACAGAUCAGAUGAAAGGAAUUGUCCAACAUGUACUUCAGAGCAGUUCACUUGUGAUAAUGGAAACUGCAUUGACAUCAGACGUAAAUGUGAUCGCAGAGUGGACUGCAGGGAUGGCUCGGAUGAAAGAGACUGUCCACCCAGAACCUGCACAUCAGACCAGUUCACAUGUGAAAAUGGAGACUGCAUUGACAUCAGACGUAAAUGUGAUGGCAGAGAUGACUGUCGGGAUGGCUCCGAUGAGAGAGAUUGUGCAUUAAAAUGCUUUCCUGGCCAGUUUCGUUGUAAUGUUGGGGGCCAGUGCAUUGAUGCAGGUUUCAGGUGCGAUGGGCAAGUAGAUUGCUCUGAUAGUUCUGAUGAAAGAAAUUGUCCUGCCCGAUGCCCCGGUAAGUUUCUCUGUGAUGUCCGUCGCUGUAUUGAGCUGUCAAGUGUUUGCGAUGGUCGAAGAAACUGUAAUGACAACAGUGAUGAAAAGGAUUGUGCUCCCAUUACUUGUUCCUCGGAACAGUUCACAUGUACUAGUGGUCGCUGCAUUGACAGGGAAAGACGCUGCAACAGAGUAAAUGACUGUGAUGAUGGCAGUGAUGAAAGCAACUGCCCUUGUGCAUCGGGUGAAAUAUCCUGUGAUGGAACUUGCUUCCCCAGAGAGCGCAGGUGUGAUGGAGAGAGGGAUUGCUCUGAUGGAAGUGACGAGCAGAAUUGUCAAGGAGGCACAAGCAUUUAUGUCAGCCCACAGCAGAUGAAGAAAAGAUUUGGAACCAGUGCUUCUUUUAUGUGCAAUGUGGUUGGUGAGCAACCAUCCAGAAUUACUUGGAUUAGAAGAACAGGAACAGGAGGAUCGAUGCCACCACAAGCAGUCAUUACUGGUAACCGACUGUUGAUUCCUGAUCUAAGAAUUGAAGAUGCUGGUGACUAUCUGUGUCAAGCUUUUGGUUCUUUUGGAAAAAUUGAAGCACAUGCUCGUCUAGAGGUAGAAUUUGUUGGACCCCCUGUAGUUCCAUCAGAUGGUCCUUGUGGCCCAGAUGAGGUCCCAUGUAGCAAUGGUGCAUGCAUUUACAAGGGCUAUUACUGUGAUGGUGAUGAUGACUGCAGAGAUGGCUCUGAUGAACGCAAUUGUCCUCGUGACCAUCUUCCCUGUGAGCCCAAUGAGUUCAGGUGUGACAAUGGCAAAUGUGCCAUGAAGAUCUGGCGUUGUGACGGUGACAAUGACUGUGGUGACAGGAGUGAUGAGAGGAACUGUGAAAUUGAAAAACCUGGCAGUGAUUGCAGAGCCAGUGAGUUCCAGUGUGCCAGCAGGGACCAAUGCAUUCCACUUGGCUAUCAGUGUGAUGGUGAAACUGAUUGUCUGGACAGAUCUGAUGAAGUUGGCUGCUCCAAGCCAACCAUCAUCACCCCACCUUUGCCUGAAAUUACUGUGGAGAUCAAUGGAACCUUUACCAUUAUCUGCGAGGCCAUUGGUGUGCCUACACCUCUUAUUGUGUGGCGUCUGAAUUGGGGCAAUAUUCCCAAUGGUACCAGGGUAACUGUCACAAGUGAAAAUGGCUACGGAAAUCUCACCAUUCGCAAUGCUAUACCACAGGACGCAGGUGCUUACACCUGUGAGGCUGUAAAUAACAGAGGAAGUAUUUUUGCCAUUCCAGAUGCCAACAUUAUUGUCAGACGUCGUACAGGUGUGUGCAGGGAUUCUACUUUCAACAGUGAGGCUUACACUGAAAACCAGUGUGUAAAAUGUUUCUGCUUUGGCCAGACCCAGUCUUGUUACAGCAGUAGCCUGCAGAUAUCUCAGAUAACUAUGGGUAGUCAAGUGAAUCUAGUGAGACGCCAGAAUCUAGAAGCUGCAGAGCCUGGCAUCGUUCAGUACAUUCCCACAUCCAGACAGUUUGAAGUCAAAGAUUUUAACUCAAUUUUAAGAACAGGAAGCUGGUAUUGGUCCUUGCCUCAUCAGUUCCUUAAGAAACAGUUGAACAGCUAUGGAGGAACACUAAGCUACCAAGUUUACUAUGAGGUGGAUGGCUUUGAGAAUCCUACCAAUGAUCCAGACAUUAUUUUAAUUGGCAAUGGCAUCACACUGUUCCACAGAGCAGAUGUUUAUGAAAGGGUGGAUAGAAGGUUCAGGCCUAGACAGUCAACCAUUGUAAACAUUCCUCUCAAUGAGAGUGCAUGGGAAAGAAGUCAGGUACCGUCCAGGGGUGGACCCAUCUCUCAGUAUGCCACCAGAGAAGAUCUGAUGCUGGUCCUGGAAAAUGUUACACAUAUUUUGAUCCGAGCCACUUAUGACAGUAAACAGUCCCUGAUCAGGCUGGGCAAUGUUGUACUCACCACUGGCAGAGUGGAGCAGACAGGUCUGGGCAGAGCUAUCUAUGUUGAGGAGUGUAAGUGCCCUGCAGGUUACACUGGCAACUCCUGCGAGGAUUGCGCCCCUGGAUUCUAUAGAGUAGUUGAUGGAAAUAAUGGACGUAGAUGUGUGGCCUGUAAUUGUAACCAGUAUUCUAAUGAGUGUGACCCACUUACUGGAAUCUGUAGGAACUGCCGUGACAACAGUGCUGGACCUUACUGCAAUGAAUGUGCCUCUGGUUAUUAUAAAGAUCCACGUUAUGGUAGAUGCCUGUCCUGUCCAUGUCCUAGCUCCUAUGGACCAAUCCAGUUUGAACGCAGUUGUUUCCUGGACCAAGACAGAGAGAUCACUUGCAGAUGUCCCCCAGGAUAUACAGGACGUAGGUGUGAACGCUGUGCUAGAGGUUACGUUGGUGACCCAUCAAUCCCUGGACAGUUUUGCUAUAGGCAAACUGACAAUGUGUGUGACACAAGAGGCAGUGUAAGCCGUUUGCCUAAUCCUUUAACUGGAACAUGCGAAUGCAAGAGUUCAGUGACGGGUACACUGUGUGAUACCUGCAAGCCUGAGACCUUCUACCUGUCAGAUGCUAACCCAAUGGGAUGUAUCCCUUGUUUCUGUAUGGGAGUCACACAGAUCUGCCAGAGCUCCACCUGGAACAGAGUGCCUAUCACACUGAGCUUCAGCCAGACUUCAUCAGAUGUCACCCUGACAGAUGUGACACAGAGUGAAAAGAUUGAGGAAGGGUUUUCUAUAGAGAGGCAGAGCAGGGAGCUGGUCUUCACAGAGUUUGAAAACUACAACAAUAAAAUUCUUUUCUGGUCAUUACCACAGCAGUUUUUAGGGAACAAGGUCACAGCUUAUGGAGGUAACCUCCGGUUCACCCUGCGUUACAAAGCUGGACGAGACAAUACUCCUGUUUCACUGGUGGAAUCAUUAGUGACAAUAAGAGGAAGUGAAAUAGAUCUUGAAUACAAAGUCAAUGCAGAAGUUGAGGAAGGGAGACCAGUGUCCUUUGUAGUACCAAUGAUUGAAAAUAAGUGGUACAAAAUAGAUGGUAACCUUGUGUCCAGAGAAAACUUCCUGAUGGCUCUGGCCAACUUACAGCACAUCUUUAUCAGAGCUACCUUCACAAGAGACACAGCUGAGUCUGCGAUAAGUGCAAUCUCCUUGGAUGUUGCUGAAGAUCGUGUAACAUCAAGAGAACGUGCUUACCAAGUUGAGCAGUGUGCAUGUCCACUGGGUUACAAGGGUCUCUCUUGUGAGGAUUGCGACUCUGGUUACACCAGAACUGGAGGUGGUCUGUACCUAGGUCUGUGUGAGGAAUGCAGGUGUAACAAGCACUCAACUGAAUGUGAUCCUGAAAAUGGUGUUUGUAAGAACUGUCGUCACAACACUGAGGGCGCCAGGUGUGAGCGCUGUGCCCGUGGAUAUUAUGGAGAUGCAACCCGUGGAACUGUCAAUGACUGCCAGAAGUGUCCAUGCCCUCUGACAGAAUCUCCUAAUCAAUUCAGCUCUGACUGUGUACUAGAUAGAGACAGACAGGUCACCUGUACUGCUUGUCCAGUAGGUCAUGAAGGUCGCAGAUGUGAAAGAUGUGCUCCUGGUUACAGUGGUGACCCAAUGAGCCCUGGAGAUUACUGUAAACAAAUUUCUGUGAAAUGUGAGUGUGAUGACAGAGGUACUAUGCCCAAUACUGAAUGUGACCCUCGAACUAGGCAAUGCCAGUGCAAGAAUAAUGUAGAAGGACGUAACUGCAGCACUUGCAGGACAGGCUAUUUCAACCUGAACAAAGACUUAGACAUGGGAUGUUUGAAGUGUUUCUGUAUGGGUAUCACCAACAUCUGUACCAGCUCUUACUACUACAGGGAAGAGAUCACACCGGUGCUUGAUGCUGAUGGCUCACACAACUUUGCUCUGGUUAAUGGCAGACUUUCCAGAACUGUCACUGAUGGCUUUUCUGUCAAUGCUGCACGCAAUGAGAUUACAUUCAACAACUUUGAAGGGUCACAGCGAGAGCAGGACAGUCUGUAUUUCAAUCUUCCACCCAAGUUUAGAGGAGAUAAGGUCUCAUCCUAUGGAGGCUAUUUGAAAUUCACAUUGAGGUACACAGCUUCCCCAACAGUUGGCAGAGACUACACAGAUCUGGAUGUUGUCUUGAUUGGCAAACAAAAUCAGAAGCUGUAUCAUGUGUUCCGCCCACAACUAAGACCUCGUCAGAUAAACAGAUAUGAAAUUCAUUUAGUCGAGGACUCAUUCCAAGACUCAGAUCUACUGACACCAUCUAGAGAGACCUUCCUGACAGUGCUAGCUGACAUUAGUGCCAUUCUCAUCAGGGCCACCUACCACCAUGCCAUGCAGUCUGUUACGCUGGGUAACCUGCGCAUGGACAUUGCAGGGCCCAAUGGUCGAGUGGCUGCUCCAGAAGUAGAGAGAUGUAGCUGUCCUGAAGGUUACUCUGGCCUUUCAUGUCAGUCAUGUGCUCCUGGCUUUGUUCGAGUCCCUGAUCCAAGAACUGCCCUUGGUCGUUGUGCCAGAUGCAGCUGCAAUGGACACAGUAACAGCUGUGACCCAGCUACAGGUGUUUGUCAGAACUGCCAGCACAACACGGAGGGAGACAGGUGCGAGCGUUGUAUUAGAGGAUAUUAUGGUGACCCUACAUCAGGCACACCAAAUGAUUGCAGACCCUGUGCUUGUCCUCUCACUACCCCAUCCAACAAUUUCUCACCAACAUGUGUAUUGGAUACCUCAGACAAUAGAAUCACUUGUGACAAGUGCCCUCCUGGCUACACUGGACGGGACUGUGGACAGUGUGCUCCUGAAUAUUCUGGUAACCCAAGACAGCCUGGUGGAAAAUGUCAAAGAAUUCAGCAGUUUGAAGUGGAUGUGAGUCCUGCAAUUGUCAGGGAGCCUCUUGGCUCAACUAUCAGGUUUCUUUGCACACCUCGUGGCAGAGGACCAUUUAAUGUGGUAUGGAGCAGGCUUGACGGGCAAGCAUUGCCCAGCAGAGCCACAAUUGGGACUGGUCCCGGCUAUGAGCUGACCAUCUUAGAUGUGGACUACACUGAUGCUGGACGAUAUGUUUGUUCAGUGACCAACCCUGAUGGCUCAAAUCGAGACACAGGAACACUCUUUGUAGAAAGACCUGAUUUGCCUAUAAAAGUUAGAAUUCAAGAACCCACUCGACUGGUCAAGCGGCAAGGUGAUCAAGCCGAGUUUAUCUGUGAGGCUAUCCAAUAUAACAGCGCUGCUAAUUAUGUUUUGACCUGGAGGAAAGAUGGCGGUCAGCUACCUUCCAAGGCUGUUGAGCAAAGCGGAGUUCUGUACAUUCCAGACCUAGACCAGAAUGACCUGGGCCGCUACACCUGCACCGGUUCACAGAGGGGCAGUAUAGACAAUGCCACUGCUGAAAUCAUGUUUGGUGAGAUCCCAGAAUCCCCAACUGUCAGAAUUGAGCCUCCAAGUAUAAGAGUCCAAGAAGGACAGAGAGUUGAGUUAGUUUGUGUUGUUACUGGAAGUCCAAGACCAACCAUUAAAUGGACUAAAGGUAACACAGAUACCUUACCUCCCCAUAUAAUAACUGACAGAGAGGGUCGGCUCAUCAUAGAGUCUGUUUCACCCAGUGAUAGAGCAGCUUACUACUGCAUUGCAGAAAACUAUGUUGGCACUUCAAGGACAAGGGCCACAAUUCUGGUCUUACCAGCAACUGUUGCUCGAGUGAUUGUCCGCAGAGCUGACAUUAUAGCAAUCGUUGGUCAGAGUGAGCAAAUGGUUUGUGAAACUGAUGGCACAGGAGUAACCCUGCAAUGGUCCAGAGAAGGUGGCCUGCCUCCUGGAGCUAGACAGAGUGGUGGUGUGUUGACGUUGACCAACAUUCAACCUUCAUUUGCUGGGACUUACCUUUGUACAGGCAUCAGCAUAACAGGAACUGUCAUUGGAAGAGCCACAUCAAGACUUACAGUGACUGGUUCAAUAAAUGUAAAGCCUACAUCCAGAAUAGAGCCAGCUGAUGGACUAACUAUUGGCUCAGGAACAACAGGAACACUGCGAUGUAUUGUUACUGGUGAGCCAGCUCCUACCAUUGUAUGGACUAGGUCUAGAGGUCCACUAUCCAGCAACCACCAGGUGAGAGGUGAUGUCUUAAGAAUUCUCCAGGCUACACCAGAAGAUCGUGAUCGCUAUAUCUGCACUGCCACCAAUGAGGCUGGUGUCUCAGUAGCCACUGUUGUUGUUAAUAUUGAACGCCGUGAACCUCCUCUUGUCACGCUGUACCCAUCUGUCAGCCUGAUCAAAAGACAAGGUGAGAGUGCCAUGUUCCAGUGCAGAGUUACCCAAGGCCAGCCUGCACCUACAGUCACCUGGACCAGAGCUGGUGGCCUGCCUCUUACAGAGAGAACCAAAGUUGAACAGAAUGGAGUGCUGAUGUUCCGUGACUUGACUCAACGAGAACAAGGAGAGUAUAUCUGCACAUCUGAGAAUGUGGUGGGAUCAGUCUCUGCAACAGCAAGUCUCAGGGUUCAAGGUGCACCAGUCAUUGAGAUCACCCCAGGUACUACAAUAACUGUUGAGGAAGGCAGAAGACUGUAUAUUGAGUGUGUGGCCAGUGGUGAACCAGCCCCUGAUGUCUUCUGGAGAUCUGAAACCAGGAGGAGGUCAGAUGUGCUUCCUGAUGAUGUAACUGAGAAUGGAAGAAGCAGGUUGGCAUUUGAUUCUGUACAAAAGAGUGAUGCAGGUCGAUACACUUGUGUGGCAAGAAAUGAAUUGGGUGAAACUAAAGAAACUGUGGAAGUCAUAGUAAAUGAUGCCAGUGGAAGCCCUGAGACAGACCUUUCCAUUGUGGGCCCUAGCAGGCUGACUUACACCGUGGGUCAGUCUAUUGAACUCACUUGUCUGUCCAAGGAUUUGCCCAAUGCACAAAUCACAUGGCGUCGCCCUAAUAGGCAGCCCUUGCCUCCAGGCAGCAGGGUCAGCAACGGAGUUCUGUACAUCCCCAGGAUAACCCCUGAGUACGCAGGAGAGUACAUCUGUUCUCUAGCCAAUGACUUCCAGACUGUCUUCAUUACUGUCACUGUGACAUCUAAUUUAGUGAUUAGCCCGUCCUCAACAAGAGUGAGAGCUGGAGCAAGUUUACGUCUUAGUUGCCAGUUGGGUGGUUCAUAUCCUUACACUGUUGAGUGGAGCAAAGAGGAUGGUGUCUUGUCCCCACAGGCCAGGGAAAGCAAUGGAGUCUUGGACAUCAGGCAGGUGACCAGUGCAGAUGCUGGCCGCUACAAGUGUGUGGCCACCACGGACAUUGGCUCGAGUGAAGCCUAUGCUGAUGUCAUUGUUGUAGUGCCUCCUUCUAUUGAUAUACCAACAUCAAUUAUACCCAGAUACCCAUAUGGUUCCACUAUUCAGCUCAUUUGCAAUGCCAGAGGAAGUCCUGCACCAACUGUUCGCUGGGAGAGAGAAAACGGAGCAGCUUUUCCUGACCAGCAUCAGAUUCGUGACGGCGUUCUCACGAUAUACAAUGCUUCACCUGUUGACUCUGGUAGCUAUAGCUGUAUUGCUUCAAAUGAAGCUGGACGUGAGCAGAUCACUUUCCCAGUCAUUGUUGAUAAUGACAUUGGUGAUGAGAUAGGUGUCAACUAUUUCGUAGAGGGAGAUGCAAUAGAUCUGGAGUGUACCCCAGAAUCCUUCACUGAAUCUGCUACUUUCAAAUGGUCCAAACUGGAGGGCCCAAUAAGCCGCUACGCUGUCAUCUCCAAUUAUUCACUUCACAUAGAGAAUGCAAAGGUUAGUGACAGUGGCACCUACCGCUGCACACUUACAGCCCCUGCGGGAUCAAGAACUGUUGAUAUCAGGUUGAAGGUCACUGCCAAGCCAUCAAUCAACACCUUCCAGGAGUAUACCACAGCAGCAUUAGGCAGCCCAGCCCAGCUCAAGUGUAAUAUUCAGAGCUCAGGACCACCCAGGGUGACAUGGAUUAAAAAAGAUGGCGAACUACCUUAUGAGCAUGAAGUGAGUCAGGAUGGCAGCCUGUACAUCCCAAGAGUCAGGGAAGGAGACACAGGUGCAUAUGCCUGCCAGGGUUCAGGUCAAGUUGGCCCUUCUGUUUAUCCUGUCUACCUUUUUGUUGGAGCCUUGGUGCCAUACUUUGGAAGAAAUAAUGAGAAUUCAUAUCUGGAGUACCUACCACUUACUGAUGCCUACCAAGACCUAGAUAUUUUGUUGUCUUUCCGACCUGAAUCAACUGAUGGCUUGCUGUUGUACAAUGGACAAUACCCCACUGCUGCAGGAGACUUUGUCUGCUUUGGAUUGCAACAGCAGGUUCCAGAGUUCAGGUUUGAUGUUGGUUCUGGCCCUGCCAUCAUACGAGGUAACAGGUCUCUAGAGCUGAACAAAUGGCAUACUGUGCACCUAAAGCGAUCCAAAAAAAAUGGCACUUUGCUAGUCAAUGAUGAACCUGCUUAUGUUGGUGUCGCUCCUGGGCAGCAUGAAGGUCUAGACCUUGGUGCACCUCUCUACCUCGGCUCUGUUCCAGACUACAGAGAUAUUCCUCCUUCCACUGGUUAUUCCCGUGGCUUUGUUGGCAGUCUGAGUCAAGUGCAGGUUAAAGGUGUGAAUAUGAACCUGGGUGCUGAGGCAGUGAGUCUGAAAAAUGUCAUCCCCUAUGACGUGUGUGCUAUUGAGAGGCCAUGUGUGAACGGCGGCACUUGCAGAGCCUUCAACAUUCGCUAUGGCUAUGUGUGUGAGUGCCCUUCAGGGUUUGGAGGAGAGAAAUGUGAGCAGAGGAGAGAGACCUGCUCCCCAGGACUUUGUGGACCAGAAGGCAGGUGUGUCAAUCUGCCUCAAGGUGGCUACUCUUGUGCUUGUCCAUUAAGAUUGACUGGAGAUCGCUGCAGUAGAACCAUCCAGAUAGCUGACCCAGCGUUUGAUAGAACCUCCUUCAUUUCUUAUGACACAAUUAAAGGUGGACUUAUGACCCUGAGCAUCAAGUUAGACUUUAACCCCAGAAGAUUAGAAGAUGGCAUCAUUCUGUACAAUGCCCAGAAGGCCGAUGGAAAGCAAGAUUUUAUUGCACUUGUUGUCAAAGACAGACAUUUGGAGUUUAGAUUUGAUGUUGGCUCAGGUCCAGCAAUAAUCAGGAGUCGUUACCCCCUGAGAGCCAAUGAGUGGACCAAAGUUGUCGCUGAGCGCAGAGGACGUGAGGGUAUGCUGACAGUCAAUGACGAAGAGUCUGUUAACGCCCAAGUAGCUGCUAAUGAUAGGCAACUGUAUGAUCGCUUGGAUAGAGGGGAUGUCAUCAGAGGAUCAGCAUCUGGUAAUAAGUCAGUGGGUCUCAACUUGGAGCGACCUCUGUACCUGGGAGGUGUAGAUCCUAGUGAGGUGAUCAACCCUGGAGCUGGAGUAUACACAGGAUUUAUUGGCUGUGUUGGUCAGCUUGUCGUUAAUGAAAGAAACAUUGGACUAAUUGAUGAGGCCAGGGAGACUAUGAACAUUCGUGACUGCGGAGAAAGAACAAUGUGUUCCAGGAAACCUUGCCAGAACAAUGGCGUGUGCACCAACCGCUCUCCCACAGAAUAUUUCUGUACCUGCCCAGAAGGUUUCUCUGGUCGCAACUGUGAAGUCAAAAUAGACAUUUGUGUCUUGGAGUCCCCAUGUAAUGAAGGUAUUUGUGUCCCACAAAACAACUACUACAGGUGUAUGUGCCCCUUGAACUGGGCAGGAAAUAAUUGUCAAUAUUCUGUGAAAAUUGGUACUUCAGCCAACUUCCAGGGAGAGGGCUACAUUGAGAUAUCAUCGGAUAAAUUCCCCCGACAGAACAGACGUGCCCAAGAAAACUUGACAGUGACAAUAACAACAACAGAACCAAAUGGUUUAAUCAUAUGGCAAGGUCAGAAACCAGACAGUCAUAUUAAGGCAACGUCGGAUUACUUUGCCGUUGCAGUUGUGGAUGGAUAUUUAGAGUUCAGUUACGAUCUUGGAGAUAAACCUGGUGUGCUGAGAUCCUUGUUGCCUGUCAAUGAUGGUUAUCCCCAUGACAUCACAGUCUCUAGAAAUGGUAAACAUGGUAAAUUGAAAGUUGACCAACAGGCUGAGGUAUCUGGUCUCUCAGGUGGAGGGCUCAAAAUUUUGAAUGUAAUGGGCAACAUCUUUGUAGGUGGUGUUCCAGACAUGAAGCGCUACACUGACAACACUUUCAGCAAAAACUUCAACGGCUGCGUGUCCAACCUCGGGCUCUUUGGGUCGAACAAUCUGGACUUUGGUGUGGAUGCUCUAGGGGGCUUGAAUGUGGUAUCCUGUGAAACGCGACCCUUCUAGCUCAUUAUAAAAUAGAUUCUAGCAAAUGUUUCAGUUAUUAUCUAGUGCCUUUUUGAAAUAUUUUUAUUUUGUUAAUAGUCCUCAUCAAUAUCAUCAUCACUAAUUGUCUCCCAUCUGUCUGUAAAUAAAUAGAAAAAGAUUUAUUGGACUUGGUUAUACAGUCAACUACAUUUUAAUGUGUUGGACAUAUAAUAGAAAAGGAAAAAACAAAAAUUAAGGCCAUCUUUAAAUUCAUUGUCCCAAUGUAAGGCACUUUUUAAUGCAUCAUUUGUGUAUGAAUAGUAUUUGGGUCAUCUUCACUAUUUUGAUGAUGUAUUUUUUUUUCGUAUAUUGAAGCAAACUAUAACAUUACAGCUAAAUUUACAGUAAGCCCUCUUGGACAAUGGUGUUUAUGUUACUGAAUAUUUUGAAGCCAAGUCAGUAUUUGUUUUAAAUAUCAUUUCAUCACUUUCAACAAUUGUGUAUAUUUAACUUACCUAUGCAAUAAAUGGUUUUGACAAGAGAAGACUAUAUCCUUUACAUUUACAAGUGAAUGAAUGUGGCCUGUUUGUCCCUGUCGCUAGGCUUCUCAUGUUAACACAAUACUCACCAAGCAAUCCUUUAACCCUGGUGCUAUCAAGACAUGUUUGAUUUCUUGUCAUUUCAGUCAUCUAUUUUUUUUAAAUUGUAUUUAUGUUUGUAUGUCUGUCCCACUCCGUCAGUAGGUGUCAGUGAUGUAAUGGCUAGAUGUUUCGAUACCUGAGGUGAAUGAACACAUUUUUUUUUUGUUUCUUUUGACUUUGAUUAUGGACAGACAUGUUUUGAAAAAGACAAAAAUGAUUCUGUUCCGAUCCUCUCAUUUUAGUCAUCGUAGUCUCCCUUUAUUCAUACAUGCAUAACAAAAUCAAGUUAUCUCCCUUUGAUGGACACACAAUGUUUAUAUUAUUAGUUAAAAUAAUUAAAAAAGAAAAGACUUGAAAAGUUCCUAUCUAGAAAGUAAUUUAAUUUGUGUGUGUGUAUGUUGUGCUUCUGGCUUCCCUAUAGGCCAUCACAUUUAAAAUGACUUUACAUUAUACAUGUCUGUUAUAAUAUUUUAAAUAACAAUGUAACUUUUUGCAUAAUAUUUUUGUUUUCUUACAACUGAUUAUAAAUUGAAUGCUUAGUUUAAUUAUUUUUUUUUGUAGUUUGUUGUACAUCAUUUUCAGUUUUUUGUCACUGGGAAAAGCUUAAAAGUGAAAAAAACAAAACAACUUUUUUACAUUUAUUUCAAUGCUGACAUUGUUAAUUGUAAAAAAAAAAAAAAAAAAAGUAAGGUAAUCCUUUGGCCAGUGUAACAAAUAUUAAGCCUUGUAUUAUGCUAGCAAGUUCAAAUUCUAGCUAAGGUCAUUGACUCUCAAAAUGUCUGGUACCAGUAUCAGCAAAUCAACAGCUACAUUUUUUUCCCAAAAAAUAUAUAAUACAAAAAUUGUGUUUCCUUUAGUUUAUAGGCUCAAGUUUUUAUUAGGUCCUGUGUUCUCUGUUAGGUUCCGAGUUUAAAUGAGGCUGUUGAUGUAGAUAACAUUAGAGUCUGUGAUGUUCUCAACUCUUUGAAAUAAAGGAACAAAACAAGA